GUUCAUUUUUUUUUCUUUUUACGCCCUUCUUCUCAAACGCCAAAUUAUCAUCUAUUUUUCUCCUGAAUGGGUUAAAUAGAAUUUUUAAAAGAUAAAAACACCCCCUGUUUUGUUUUUAUAUUUUUUAUAUAAAAAAUUUGUGUGUAAUUUUUACCUUUGCUUUUUCAAAAAUAUUUAUUUCAAUUUGAAGUUUUAUCUAAGUUUAAUUAUUCACACUUUUUUUUUAAAUUUCAUCGAACAUCAUUCACGUGUCAAGAUGCAUCGUCCUGCUCCAGUUGAAAUCACCUAUGAGUGUAUGAGGUUUCUGAUUACGCAUAAUCCCACCAACUCGCAACUGCCCAAGUUUACUGAGGAGCUAAAGUCUUUUGGGGUGCAGACGCUGGUUCGGGUUUGUGAAGCCACCUAUGACAAAGCCCCGGUGGAAAAGGAAGGCAUUGAAGUUCUGGAUUGGCCUUUUGAUGAUGGCUGCUCCCCCUCUGAUCAAAUUGUGGAUGACUGGUUAAACCUUCUGAAGUGUAAGUUUAAAGACAUGCCUGGCUGCUGCAUUGCCGUGCACUGUGUUGCAGGACUGGGCCGAGCUCCUGUCUUGGUGGCCAUCGCAUUAAUCGAGUGUGGGAUGAUGUAUGAGGAUGCCGUUCAGUUUAUUCGACAGAAGCGCCGUGGAGCCUUUAAUUCCAAACAGCUUAUGUACCUUGAAAAAUACAAACCCAAGAUGCGUCUGCGCUUCAAAGAUGCCAAUGGACAAAAUUGCUGCGUUCAAUAAAACCACAAGCCAGAAGGAUUAUAGAUACACAUUAUUAUAAUUAUUAAUAUUAUUAUAAUAAUUAUUAAUAUUAUUAUUGGGAAGCAAAUGUAUUUGGGAUAGCUGAUUUUCUUUUGGCAAUUUUAUUGUGCCAAGCACACACAAGAUUAUCAGUGUCUAUAUUACCAGAUUUUUGUUUUUUUUAUAAGAAAUAAAAUAUCAAGUGGUUAAUUAACCAUUUACGGGCACACAGUAAAUCCAGCACAAGAAGUGUGUGUGUGCAGUGUCUGAGUGAGUUCCAAGUAAGUAACAUUCAUGCUCCAUUUUAAACAAAUAGCCUCAAAUUAGUGCAAAUAUCCACACGUGCACACUUGUACAUGUUUAGACUUCAGGCAGAAAAGCUUGAUGUGUGUGUUCUUUAUAGAAAGAGUAGUUUUUAAUCAUGUUUUUUUUUACGUCCCGAAUCAUUUCAGUGAUUUCACUUGAUGCUUGUGACGUUACAGCUGUAAUUUCAGUAAGGUUACAUGAGCACAAAAAUAUCUGUAGUGCUACAUCCGCAACACAACUGUGAUAAAUAUGGAACAGCUCCACCUCCAGGACAGUAAUGUGUGAAAAAAAUAAUCAUUUCCUGGAUUAUCUCUUGCUGCUGACUGAUAGAGAUAUCAAAAUAAAGGUGUAAAUGAUU